AUGUUUGUCGACAACCGCGACCAGGUCGCCGAUUUAGAAUCCCACAUCAAAAUCUAUAAUAUAUACUAA